AUGAAGCCACUAGUAAUUUUGGCCGGCAUAAAUCAUCACUAUGUUACCAUAAUAUUUGGCUAUGCAUUGAUUGCUGAUGAGACUAAGGACACAUAUAAGUGGGUAUUGGAAACAUUUUUGGAGGCCAUGGAAAAAAAGGCACUGAUCUCAGUUGUCACUGAUAGAGAUGAUGCAAUGAGAAAUGCAAUAAAGGCAGUUAUUCCUUCUGCCCGUCACCGAUUGUGCGCUUGGCAUUUAAAAAGAAAUGUGGUUACCAAUACAAACAAGGGAUUCGUUCAUGAUUUUGGUGUGACUAUGGACAUGAUUUGUAGCCAUGAGGAGUUUGAAAGAAGGUGGCAUUUGCUAGUUGAGAAACACAAUUUGAGAGAUAAUCAAUGGGUUGUGGAUUUGUACCAAAAAAGGGAAAAAUGGGCUGCUGCAUUUUUGAGAGGUCACUUUUUUGCUGGAAUGAAAUCAACGCAAAGAUCAGAACAAUUGAAUGCUACAGCGCACAAGUACCUUCAAUUCAAAAUGCUACUUUACCCUUUUACUCAACGAUUUGAGCCAUUUUUAUCAAAAGUUAGAUAG